AUGGCCGAAGACGAUCUUAAUAAAAUAAAUAAAAUGUCGGAUUCCGUUCAACCAAAGCUGACACCCCUCGAAGCGGAAAGCUAUUACCACGGAUUUUUACCACGUAAUGAUGCAAAUUCUCUUAUCACAUUAGAUGGUGAUUUCCUUUUACGAACAACUGAAAUUGCUUCCGGCGAUAAACGAACACUAUGUUUAUCGAUACGUUGGAAUCGCUAUCCUCAUCACGUCAUUAUACGAGAGAAAGACGGAAAAUAUGGAAUUGAUCCCACCAAAAUGUUUUCAUCAUUAUCAGCUCUUGUCAAUUAUUAUAGAAAAGAAACGAUACCAAUUGAAAAUAUAAAAGCCCUCCUAAAAAAUCCAAUUCUUACACAGCAUCAUGCUUUCAUGCUUUGUCCUCUCACUCUUGGCACUCUUGGUAAAUUUGUCAAUAAAAAAUCCGAGCAAAUCCAGAUUUGGGAAUUGAAACAUUCGCAAAUAAAACUGAUAAAGAAAUUAGGUGAAGGAGCAUUUGGUGAAGUUCAUUAUGGACAAUUGAGCCUUACACCAACAUUCACUGUCGAAGCCGCUGUUAAACUGCUAAAAUGUGGUACAUUAAAUAAAGAAAAAAUAGAUGAAAUGAUGACAGAAGCAAGAAUGAUGAGAAAUAUGAGACAUCCCAAUAUUGUUCUCUUUUACGGAGUUGCAAAUAAGCAUGAACCACUCAUGAUUAUCAUGGAAUUUAUGAAGAGUGGAGCACUCAAUAAUUACUUGUUAUCAAAAGGAAACAGUGUAACAAUCCAAGCAAAAAUGUCCAUGGCAUGUGAUGCAGCACUCGGUCUCCAAUACGUCCAUAAAUUAGGCAUUAUGCAUAGGUACUUAGAUAUUGCUUCACGCAAUUGUUUAUAUGAUGAUAAAGUGCUAAAAUUGAGCGAUUUUGGACUAUCAAGAAAGGGUGACAGUUGUAAGCUAAAUCCUAACGAAAAAGCACCAGUGAAAUGGCUUGCACCUGAAGUGAAUAAAGGAUAUCGACUGCAAUUACCAGUACAGGCACCAGCAAAGAUAAAAGAAAUUUGUGAACGAAUUUGGGCCAAAAAUAUAUACGAAAGACCUACAAUUGAUGUAAUCGCAACGGAACUUUUAAAAGAGACUGGAAGAUUAAUUUCUGAAGAACCAAAGUCCACAUCAUAUGAUAAGGCAUUUAGUGGAGAUCCAAAGUUUACACUACACGAUAGGUCAACAUCAAAUUCGAGUACUACACCAACAAGCACAUUAACUUCUUCAAGUUUGCCAUCACAAGAAAGUCAGAAAAAAGUUGAUUCCAAAAAAUAUUGA